UGCACUGCUUGAACAACGCAGCAAUAAACGGUGUGCGUUUUCAGCUCCUUCGUCUCUGUUCAUUAUCUAUUCAUCCACGGCUCUGUCUCUGGCAGACCUGCACAGGACAGGGUUUUGUGUGGAAUUAUAAGUGCCAGUGUCAUCUGACUGAGAGAGAGAGAGAGAGAGAGAGAGAGAGAGAGAGAGAGAGAGAGAGAGAGAGAGAGAGAGAGAGAGAGAGAGAGAGAGAGAGAGAGAGAGAGAGAAUCCUUGGCAUACACACACGUCGGUGUCUCAAUGUGCAUUUGAGUGACUGGCUGGAUUCUUGUGGAGACGAACGGAACGGAUAAACCCAUUUUCAGCAUCUCACCCAUUUGCGCGGAGAGCGGCUGGUGCCUGCUCGUCUGGAUUGAGCAUUUGACAGCGUCUCUUUCUGCUGGAGCUUGGUUUAUCCAAGCCGUCCCUGGUCGGGCAUGGAGGGAGCCGAGAUGAGCGCCUUUCGGAGCGGUAGUGGGGUGUUUAUGUUCGGUUUGUGUUGCGUACUAAUGGGACUGUGGAGGCUCGGGGCCGCCUGCCCCGCGUCCUGCUCCUGCAGCGGGACCAGGAUCGCCUGUGUGGACCAGGAGCGGGGUAUCAUGGCUUUUCCCGUGUUGCAGUCGGAGCUGGAGAUGGACAACAUUACCGACAUAUAUAUUGCAAACCAAAGUAGCUUCUCGUCCAUCAAUGACAAAGACCUGCAUUAUUACCGGAACCUCACAAAUCUAACUGUGACUAACAGCAGGCUUACCUAUGUAUCUCGACUGGCCUUCCAGAACAACCUCAAGCUUCAGUAUCUGAAUUUGAAAGACAACAACCUGUCAUCUCUGUCUUGGAGGAUAUUUCGACAUUUAAACAUAUCAAAUCUGAUUCUUUCAGGGAACCCGCUGCACUGUUCCUGUGAGAACAUAUGGAUGAAGCUGUGGCUGGGAGAGGAGGCCGAUGCUCAGGACCUCCAAUGUACAGCGGAGGGUGGCGGGAGGAAGCCCCUGACCAGGCUCAAGCUCCCUCACUGCAUGGUUCCCAUGGCGACUCUGAGCCCGUCCAAGGUUAUGGUGCAGGAGGGUGCUGAUGUGGUGCUGACAUGCAACACCUCCGGAGAGCCCUCUCCUGAGCUCAUCUGGAAAAUGACCCCACUCAUCUCCUACUAUGAGAUUGAGACCUCGGGCCAAGUGUCUGAGCUCCAUCUCUAUAACCUCUCCUCCCUGGACAACAACUGUAAGAUCACCUGCAGUGCUGGGAACAUUGUGGGCGAGAAUGAGUCCACAGUCCUCCUCAACAUCCUCUUUCCCCCUAACAUCAGUAAGUUGAGUGAUGCCUACCAGGACCACCACUGGUGCAUCCCAUUCAGUAUGUCUGGGAACCCAAAGCCCGAGCUCCGCUGGCUGUUAGACGGGGAGCCGGUUAUUGAGGGACCCUACAUCAUGACCAUGAUCCAUGACUUCUCUGAGAGGGAGUACCACGGCUGCCUGCAGCUGGACAGCCCCACACACAUCAACAAUGGACCGUACACCCUGCUGGCCAGCAACAAGUACGGACGGGACCGCAAGACCGUCAAUGCCCACUUCAUGCACAACCCCUUUGAGGGAGGAACAGUGACAGAACCUCUUUACUAUGACCCAACUACAGACGAUACACCUCUAGAUCCACCGGAAGACAGAGUGGCUGUGUACGUGGUCGUAGGGAUUGCAGCAGUAGCCUUCACGGGUUUCCUCUUGAUGCUGGUCAUCCUAAAAUUCGGGGGGAACUCCAAGUUUGGAAUCAAAGGUGCAUCGUCUGUGAUCAGCAACGAUGACGACUCAGCCUCUCCUCUCCACCACGUGUCCAACGGCAGUAACACUCCGUCCUCCUCUGAGAUGGGCCCAGACGCCGUCAUCAUCGGCAUGACCAAGAUCCCCGUCAUCGAGAACCCUCAGUACUUCCGCAGCAACAGCAUGCUCAAAUCAGACACCUUUGUCCAGCACAUCAAGAGGCACAAUAUAGUUCUGAAGAGGGAGUUGGGAGAAGGGGCGUUUGGCAAGGUUUUCCUGGCCGAGUGCUAUAACCUGUCUCCUGAGCUCGACAAGAUCCUGGUGGCUGUCAAGACCCUAAAAGAGGCCAGUGAGAAUGCGAGGAAGGACUUCCAUCGAGAGGCCGAGUUGCUGACUAACCUGCAGCACGAGCAUAUCGUCACCUUCUACGGUGUGUGUGUGGAGAGCGACCCCCUCAUCAUGGUGUUUGAGUACAUGAAGCACGGGGACCUCAACAAGUUCCUCAGGGCUCACGGUCCCGACUCUGUGAUGAUGGGUGACGGUCCGACAAACCGACCCGUGGAGCUGACCCAGUCCCAGAUGCUGCACAUCGCCCAGCAGAUCGCUGCAGGCAUGGUCUACCUGGCCUCCCAGCACUUUGUCCACCGAGACCUGGCCACACGUAACUGUCUGGUGGGAGAGAACCUGCUGGUGAAGAUCGGUGACUUCGGCAUGUCCCGAGACGUGUACAGCACGGACUACUACAGGGUAAGUGUGGGCGGUCACACCAUGCUGCCCAUCCGCUGGAUGCCUCCAGAGAGCAUCAUGUACAGGAAGUUCACCACAGAGAGUGACGUGUGGAGUCUGGGCGUGGUCCUCUGGGAGAUCUUCACCUACGGCAAACAGCCCUGGUACCAGCUCUCCAACAACGAGGUGAUUGAGUGCAUUACACAGGGGCGUGUCCUGCAGCGGCCUCGCACCUGUCCCAAAGAGGUGUACGACCUGAUGCUGGGGUGCUGGCAGAGAGAGCCCCACAUGAGACACCACAUCAAGGAGAUCCACAGCCUACUGCUAAACCUAGCCAAAGCCUCUCCUGUCUACCUGGACAUCCUGGGCUGAGCGGGUGUGCGUGUGUGUCGUGGCGUGUGUGCGUAUGCGUACAUGCACAUGGCUGUACAAUACAAGAGAGAAUGAGUGUGUGCCUGUACGUGUGUGUCUAUUGAUGCACCUGUCCUCAAGUGUGUUUUAAGCUACGAUCAAACUCUUUAAAGGCAAUCAGAAGAUUCCCCAACUGUUCCCUUGUGCCCUCCCAUCUCCUCUCGCUCUCUCUAUCUCUCUCUUACUUUCUGCCUACUUCUACUCUUUCAUGCAUCUCUUAACCUACCACCUUCUUCCUGCUCAAGAUACUUUAAGAAUGGUUUGCAGUGGGAAUGCUUCUCCCAUCGGCACAAAGGAUUUUAAACUGUGGCUAAGUAGUCUACAGUAAAUGUCUGAGGGCUCUAUUCGAGCAGGCAGUGGGGUUUUUCCCCAAUUGGUUUCUGCAAACGCCAUCCUUCUGUAAAUAAAACCCCCGAGGUCGAGAAGAGGUGCCUCCACUGCAGAUAGGCUGUUUCUUCUCUGUACAUAGAGGACCAGACAUCGGACCCCGCAAUGUCCUGCAAAGAGUUGAGAUGCGUUGCUGCGUGGAAGGAGACAUGGAAGCAACCAGACUGUUAUUUUCCCCUCAUGUCAACAAGUCAUGACAUAACAAGACAUAACAAGAUAUAGUAUUGCCCCUCAUGCUGAUGAGCAGCAACAAAUGACAUGCUAUUGUAUAACUGAAGCAAUGAUGAAAGUAAACUUAAAAGGGAGAUUUGUGGCUGUUCACCAGUGGGUGCUCUUCAGCUGUCUGUCUGUUGUCAUUGUCUGUGACUAUGUACAUGAAAGAGGGUAUUUGAUACAUUUUGGGGGAUGAAGAUGUUUUAAUUCCCAUGUCAAGUGCUUAUGUCAUGUAAUUUAUCGAUGUAUGUGUCCAACAUUCUCGGAAAAUCCUGAGACAGAGAGUAUGAGCAGGAUCUGUGUCAGAUCGCCCGUUCAUGGUCACUGGCGAGGAUCUCCGUUUAGGCGUGGUUGGGUCAACUGUGGGAGAGUCCUGGCACACACACAUAUCCCCCACCCCCUACUACUACACACACACACACACACCCAAAAGGCUUCUGCAGGAAAUUGAAUUCUGCAUGUUUUAUUAUUUUAGCCCCACAGUGCUUUAGCGACGGAGCCCCAGCCCUCGUCAGUAAUGGUGUAAUGUAUAUUUCAUUAAGGAGCUAAUGUUGGCCAUUAGCACAGUCUCCCCCUCAGACAUUUAAGACGUAUUGUUUAAUGGGAGAGAGGGAAAGGAGAUGAGGAAGUGGGGGAGAGAAAGACGAUGAGAUAGAGAGGAGAGGAGAGAGAGAGAGAGAGAGAGAGAGAGAGAGAGAGAGAGAGAGAGAGAGAGAGAGAGAGAGAGGAGGCCUGAAUGUCUGCGGGGAAAUAGUGAGAUAACAUCCAUCAUAGUGCGGUCUUGUCGGUUUUCGAACCCACAGCUGUUUGCUUCACACACCUCACAUUCCUGUGGUGGGUUCCUCAACCACACACACAGACCCAGACACAUACACACACCACCCACAAAACCUUCUCUUACACAUUCAAGGUCAACUGUAGGCUCACCUAGACUUUCAAGAUCAUACGCCUGCAUUAUCAUAGACAAACAAUAAACAGACUUACUGAGAUGUAAUAACUUCAUACAAGACUGUUUGAGUAUCAUGAUAGUGUCAUAUGCUUCCGUAACUGAUUGCAUGUGACUGGUUUGGUCAUAUCCUCAGUACUUGAUGGUAUUGAUAUUUGUGUUCUUAAUUAUUAUUUUAUUAAAAAAUUAUACAUUUUUUAUGAGA